UUCGCUUUCGAAAGUUUCACAUCCGCAAGAGAGCGGCAAGGCAAGGCGAGGUGAAGUAGGCAAAGAAGUCUCGCGCGCGAACUCGGUACGCUGCAGGCGAUGACCGCAUUCAUAUGAGUUUUUAUUAUAUUGUGUGUGUGCUGUCGUGUUCUCCGAACCGUUAAGUGUUUACGAAAAUGCUGUAUAGGUGAACUUUUAGGAUACAAAGUGUUGUGAUUGUGAUAAUAUUCCUUUAAACCUCUUCUAUCUUUUACUGUCUCUUGAAGGUUGUAAAAAUGCCUUGCUCAGCGGUAACUUUGUCUAUAGCGACCAUUACAGCAAUCGUGGCUGCUGCUUUAAUGGCUAUAGCCUUCUCGACGGAUAACUGGCUUUAUAUUGAAGUUAAGCGGACACACAUACAGAAUUAUGCAGCGGAGAACGCAGCGGGCAACUCACAGACGAUCCUGGAUAGUCUCAACAACAAAUAUUACUUCUACACGAGGACGCGGGGUCUCUUCCGUAUCUGCUACCCCAAGGAACGACCACCUUCAGUUGAGAUCUACCUAUCGCCUGUGGAGACACACUGCAGCAAUGUGGACUACUUCAUCCCUGACGAGAACAACGAGACGAAAGGCCUGUCGGACGACGCGAUGAACAGGCUGCACAUGGCGCGCUCAACGGUAGCUCUGUUCAUCGUGGCGUUCCUAGCGCUCUUCAUUGCCUUCUGGACCGGCGUGGUCGGCUGCUGGAAGCGCAGCCCUGGCAACAUCACCGCCACCGCCAUACUUAUGCUGGUCACAUGUUUACUAGCAGCGGGUGCGAUGGCAUUAUGGCACGGAGUGGAGUUCUACGAGAAGGAGAAGGUUGUUGGAGAGGAAUACUACCAACAGUGGCCUAACGUGUUAAAAGACAACUCAUCAAUCUGGUACGAUUGGUCGUACAUCCUGGCUUGGCUGUCUGUCGGCGUUUCCUUCGGAAGCUCCAUUUUAUUCUUCUCCGCCGCCAUUUGCCUGAGCAAGGAAAAAAGGCGGGAACAGCAGAAUAACGUGCAGUACAUAAUGCCAGUGUACCCCCAAAAGCAGCAGUAUGCCUACGCGGGCUACCCGCCGCCCCAGGCGUACCCGGGCCCCUACUACCACGGGUCGCAGUACGGCCCCUACAACUACUGAGCAUGUGACCAGAUGAGGGACCUCGUGGCGGCACACUUCGCCAACGCCCCCGCCCCGCAGGCACCCGCGCGCAACCCCUCCCCGCCCCACCACCCGCCCUCCCUGCCCUCCUCCCACGAGACGUACAACUCCCACCGCAAGAUCAAGCGGCCCAAGCUGGGCGACCGCAAGGUGUACCGGCCCGUGCGGCGCCACACGCUGUCGCGCAUCGACGAGACGCCGCCCGCCACGCUGCGGCCGCGCUCCAAGAGCCUGCAGCACUCCGCCGACUUCUCGUCCACGCGGCCCAUCCUGCGCUCGCGCUCCAACAUCUCGGCCGACACCAGCCGCAGCGUGCCCGUCUGCAACCAGAGCCAGGACGUCGAGAACCAGGUGGAGAGCGGCAGCCCGCAGUACGCCGAGCCCAAGGGCUCGGACUCCUCGUCGUACGACCGGCCGGCGUCCAUGACGGACCUGCCCAUCAUGGUGCCGCUGGACCCCGCCACGGGCGCGUACAUCCCCUACCCGGAGUACACGUACUACCACGACGACGGCUGCCAGCUGGCUCGCUACCGGCAGUACAACAAGAAGUCUAACAAGUCCUCCAAACACAGCAACUUGUAUCUAGCGUUCAUGUACUGAACGCGCGCGGGUGUAGGUGUAACGACACAAUGGAAGCAAUGGUUCCGAGUUUCGAUUAUUGCCGUACAGUGUAUGACGCCACAACCCAUGAAUUACAUUUUGAAAGUUUACGUCCUUGUCUCUAAACAUUCAUACACUGUUUUGUUUAUUUAUAAAUGGGUGGCCCGAAUCUGGUUGAGAGAAUAUCCUUCCGACUAUUGGCACUUUAUUUACUGCGCCGCGUCGCGAUGCCUCGCUCGGCGACCUCGCGCCGCGGCUGUGCACGGCUCUACGAAACUCUGACGCCACUGAACCUUAACGUUUCAUGCGACAACUUACGAACAAUCUCUGCUACGAAUUUUAGAUAAUGAUAGAACUGUAACAAUGUAUCGGGAGACGCUGUAAUUAGGAGUAAGUUAGUAAUGACUCCGCCAUAAUAUACAGAAAUGAAACAAAUUCUUGUAGUAGGUACCUAAGUUAAAAUCUAAGAAUGUUAAGAUUUUGGUUUCAUAAAUAAUUAUAGUUUUUAUAAAAUUCGACUUAUUUACUCUGAUCAAAUGAAUAUAUCCAAAAGUAUUGUGCCUUCUAUCGUAUAAAUAUUGCUCAUUCGUACUGUUUAAACAUAUCUUAAUCUAAUGUAGCGUAGUUAGUGCUAGAUGAAGGUAUUUUGUACACACCUCGUAUAAUGCAAGGCCUAGCUCUGGAUAGUCACAAGAAAUAUGGUAUAUUUGUCUUUGAUAUAUCUCAAUUUCUAUGUGUAGAUCAAUUUAUUAGUAAUUUUUGUAUGUUUUUGAUUGUCAAAUCGUUGAAAACCGUCCUUUUUAUAUGGAUAUACGUUAGCAUAAUGGUUUUUCUAUGGAUUUUUGUAUUUAAUUCCUUAG